AUUUAUAAUUAGUGCAAAAUCAACAUCCGUGCGCUCCCCACCUUUGAUACGACAGAAUAAAUUCAACCGGCAAUCGGAAAGCGUAGAAUCGUGAUAGCUACAGUCAGUAGACAGUUAGCUUGCACGCGAAGCGGAUUCACAAUGUCAGUUAAUCAGCAAUUCGAGGCGGCUGCCGAAGCUGUAAAGGCACUUACAAAGCGCCCUACUAAUGAGGAGCUUUUGGAACUUUAUGCCUUAUUCAAACAAGCUACAGUUGGCGAUAAUAACACAUCUAAACCCGGUAUGCUGGAUUUGAAAGGAAAAGCCAAGUGGGAAGCCUGGAACAAGAAGAAGGGCAUUUCACAAGAAGUAGCGAAACAAAACUACAUCGAUUAUGCUAAUGAACAAAUCGCAAAAUAUAAAUAGAUUUAUCUACUGUUAUGUCUCUGCUGUAGUCAUGAAUCAAAAUAAAUACAUUUAAUGUUC